CGCUCAGACAGCAACGGGAGGGGGAGACAGAUCCUCAGCGAGAGUCGGACAUUGAAACAGAAGCUACUCAGGGACUAACACAGCUAGGAGAUCAGCUGAAGAAAAAAGAAAAGAGGGGUAUGAGAGCCGCCAGAAUCCGCUCCAAUCCUGCUCUACUCACGGCUCGGUCCGACUGACAACACCCGGAUCAACACCGCCGCGCACCUAUCUCUUAAUAAUUUCUAAUUUCGGUGAGUUCACAGGCAUUGGCCAUGGAGCUGAGGGUGGGAAAUAAAUACCGGCUUGGGAGGAAGAUCGGGAGCGGCUCUUUUGGAGACAUUUACCUGGGUGCCAACAUUGCAACGGGGGAGGAGGUAGCCAUCAAACUGGAGUGUGUGAAGACCAAACACCCACAGUUGCACAUCGAGAGCAAGUUCUACAAGAUGAUGCAGGGAGGAGUUGGCAUUCCUUCAAUAAAGUGGUGUGGGGCAGAGGGAGACUACAAUGUGAUGGUUAUGGAGCUGCUGGGUCCAAGCCUGGAGGACCUCUUCAACUUCUGCUCACGCAAGUUCAGCCUCAAGACUGUGCUGCUGCUGGCUGAUCAGAUGAUCAGCCGUAUCGAGUACAUCCACUCAAAGAACUUCAUCCACCGCGACGUCAAGCCCGACAACUUCCUGAUGGGCCUGGGGAAGAAAGGCAACCUGGUCUACAUCAUCGACUUCGGGCUGGCCAAGAAGUACCGCGACGCCCGCACUCACCAGCACAUCCCUUACAGGGAGAACAAGAACCUGACGGGCACCGCCCGCUAUGCCUCCAUCAACACCCACCUGGGCAUAGAGCAGUCGCGGCGUGACGACCUGGAGUCUCUGGGCUACGUGCUGAUGUACUUCAACCUGGGCUCCCUGCCCUGGCAGGGCCUCAAGGCCGCCACCAAGAGGCAGAAGUACGAGCGGAUCAGCGAGAAGAAGAUGUCCACCCCCAUCGAGGUGCUCUGCAAGGGCUACCCCUCCGAGUUCUCCACCUACCUGAAUUUCUGUCGCUCGCUGCGUUUCGAUGACAAACCGGAUUACUCGUACCUGCGUCAGCUCUUCAGAAACCUCUUCCACAGACAGGGCUUCAGCUAUGACUACGUCUUCGACUGGAAUAUGCUCAAAUUUGGAGCCAGCAGAACAGCAGAAGAUGGUGAGAGGGAGCGGAGGGGUGGAGGGGAGGAGCGGGACGAGAGAAUAGUGGGUGGGCCUCGGGGGUCGGCAGCUCGCGCCCUGCCACCCGGCCCAAACCCCCCGGCACCCAACAGGGUGAGGAACGGGCCAGAGGCAGCCAUCUCCACACCUGCUUCUCGAGUACAGCAGUCAGGAAACACGUCUCCUCGGGCGAUCUCUCGUGCAGAGAGAGAGAGGAAGGUGAGCAUGAGGCUGCACCGGGGCGCCCCCGCCAACGUUUCCUCGUCCGACCUCACCGCCCGCCACGACCGCAUCUCCACAUCGCAGGUCAGCAUGCCGUUUGAGCACCUGGGGAAAUGAGUCCUGCUGCUCCUCUCUCUCACCCUCUGCUCACACACAGUGAUGCUGCCGUCGUAGGGCUUCGAGACAAACCCCCCCCCCCUCCAGAUUUCUCUUUGUUUGUUUGUUUUUAAUGCCAAUAGGACAGAGAGUGCAAGACUGAAAGAAAGGAGUGAAGUGAAAUGCAAGAAAAGAAGCACGAAAGUCUGUAACCGAGUGCCCAGGGGUUCGCACUUCGUCUCGAUCCGAGAGCCUUCGUCAGAAAGGCGAGACUGAAGCCUGAGGGAUAGAUGUCCUUGCCCACCGUCAGGUUGCCGAGUAACUGGAACUGCCUGUCCCCCAUCAGACACCAGUGGGUGUGGUUACAGAUGAGACACCACGGGGGUAUUGGUUUUACUGAUUUAAGUUCCAUUUGCUAAACGUGAAAUGACGCAACCCUUGACACACGCAUUCUGCAACAUUAGUUUACCGGUUCUGCAUUAUUGCAUAUGCGUUAAGAGGCAUGGUCUGGCGCAUAUGAGGAUAACUUCUGGAUAACUUUAGGUCCAUGUACAAAUGCUAUAUUUUACAGUGCUUCUUCUGAUGUAUGAACUUGUCAAUAUGCAAAAAAAAGUUCAAUUAGCAGUUCAUAGUGUAGAAAUAUACUCAAAUGUAGUGACUUGUUUCUAGAUGUCAUCAGCACAGAAGUCGCUUUGGGUGGGCUUGCAACGAUUGGUUUCUUUUAUAGUUUUUAUUUACUAGAGCAAAGUGAGUUGGAGAGAGACUGAGUAAGCGUGUGAGAGAUGAAGAGAAACAAACUGAGUGAAGGACAGAAAGAACUGUGAAUGUGAAUCGUUCAGUAGCAGAAGUCAUAGGAGAGGAACCUUUCCUGUCUUUUACUGAUGUCUUACUACAACACCUGUUUGUUGCUUUUAUUUAAGCUUUGUAUUUUAUUUUUAAGCAAGUCUGCCAGAGAAAUGGUGACCACAAGAUUAAAUAAUGACCUAGAAUUAAACGGAAGGAGUGAGAGCGAGGGAGAUGGAUAGAUACACAUCCAUUCUCUCUCUCUCUGUCCCCCUUACCCCAUCCUGUGAACACUCCGUUUUUCUUGUGGUUAUCUCUCUGUCUCUGUCUUAGUUUCAGCAUUCCUGGAUUUUAACGACGGGUAGGUUCAAGGGGACUUAACGUGCACAUUUUAAAUUUUAACCUGACUGAACCUGCUUCAGUGCCACAUCACUCCAAGACUGGGUUUGCAUUUGUAAACCCUGGGACUCCAUAACAUAUUCAUUAACAGGAUUCUGCCUGUGAUCAUGCUUAUCAUUCUUCUGAAUGUCUUUUGGUUUAUCAUUUGAAUUCUGGAAUUUUAGGGGUGGGGGGGGGGGGGUGCUUGCAUAAAUUGGCAUUGAGGAUCUGAGAGGGGGUAUGAUGUGGAAAGGAUUUUUUAUGUCACUGUAAAUAUAUUAUUUUUUUCCUGUGUAAAGCCAAAAUGUGGUUGGUUGUAUUCAGGUGUUAUGUAGAAAAGGAAAUAACAUAAAAUGUUUUUUGUUUUUUUUUGUUUUUUUCUUUUUGGGUGGGGGGUGGGGGAAUUAAUAAGUGGGUAUAGCUGUAGUUAAACUGCCGACUGGGUUGUACAGUUUCCACACCGACCGUCGCCUCUGUCGUUUGUUUCCUGUAUAAACACUAAUUGGUUCACAUUCUGGAUGAACUGCAUCUAGAACAUUUUCACAUCUCCGGUGACACUUGAACCAUCUUGCAUGUAUGUUCAGCCAAUCACAGUGAGGAAUUUAGCCAGUGCCAGCCGCAUUGCAAUCUUCCACCCUCAGUGUUUGGUUUUAAAUAAGAGGUAGUUUAAAAUAAAAUGCUAGUUUGCUUUACUCACCCAUGAUUGGUUCACAUGACCUUUUUGGUGUAACCCAUUCCUGUGACAAUUUUUUUUUGGCUUUGUUGCCUUUAUUUUGGUGUCUGUUUCAUUUGUCGAGCUUAUUGGGCAGGUUGAUAUUUCUCACAUCUUUGUCUUGCUUAUAUUCAUGUUAAUCCUCGAAUGCAUUU